AUGCCGCGAGUUAAGGCACUUCAGAGCGAUAGUCGACAGAAGAUCUUCAAGAGCAUCCCUCCAAUGAAUGACGACAGCUCGUCCAGACGACACCGCGUUGGACAUCUGCUGUGGCAGCGGCGAGGCGAUCUCUCCUUGCUGCUGGCGGAGGAGGUGGGCCCCUCGGUUCACGUGGUGGGGCUUGACUUUGCCGCCCAGCAGCCCCACCACCUGCUGGCGGAGGUGGUGGGGCUGACAUUCGCCCUAUCAGCUUGCUGUAUCUCAUCAUUCCCCUCUCUUCUUUUUCACGCCUCUCCCCUUGACCCUCACUUUCACAGAGCACGCCCAGGCGACACUGCCCUCGAUAUCUGCUGUGGCAGCGGCGAUCUCUCCUUGCUUCUGGCGGAGAAGGUGGGUCCCUCGGGGCGCGUGGUGGGGCUUGACUUUGCCGCCCAGCAGCUCGUUGUCGCCGCCCAGAAGCAGCAAGACAGCUACUCGGCCCGCAGAGUGGACAUGAGGUGGGUGGAGGGCGACGCCCUUGCCCUGCCGUUUGAUGCAAACUCAUUUGACGCCGUGACCAUGGGGUACGGGCUGAGGAACGUCACCAGCAUUCCACGUGCCCUGCAGGAGAUUCACCGCGUGCUCAAGGCUGGUAGCUCUGCAGCCAUUCUCGACUUCAACCACACAGAGGACCCUCUUGUGGCCGCAUUCCAGUCCUUCCUCUUCUCCUCUGUGUGCACGAGUUGGUCCUGCACAGCACACUGUGCUGGUUCGACUCGUCUCAAACCCCUCCCCCCCUCCACUCUUUUUUCUUUUGCCAUUCCCCCUUCUCUUUUCCCCCACAAGAGUUUCUCUGCAGAAUGCGAACGCGGUGUGCCAAAAACACUCUCGGAAACUGGAACACACCACCCCCCCACCCCUCCCCGCACUCACAUGCAGGAGUUUGCGCUGCAGAACGCGGUGGUGCCGGUGGCGCGCAUGUUUGGGCUGUCAGAAGAGUACGAGUACCUGCUGCCCUCCAUCCGCCGCUUCCCCACAGGGCGGCAGCAGGAGCAGUUGGCAAAGGAUGCUGGAUUCUCCAAGGCAGUCCAUUAUGAGAUUGGAGGAGGUCUCAUGGGUGUGCUUGUGCUGCAGAAAUGA